GUUGUCGACGUCAAUAUAUUUGUUGUUUUGUUUUGAUCACACCGUAAAUAGCCAUUUUGAUGUAAUCGAAUUCCGGAAAAGAGUGUAAAAAAAUUUUAUACGAUGGAUUCAGCGAUAACCGGAGAACAGUUUACCGCUUAUAAAACACAAGUGCAACAAUUGUAAAGGUGGGAAUCCUUAAGGAGUCAAGGACACAAGAAGCCGAGUACAUGCAUGUACCUAUACCUACUUAAUAGUGAAAAUUGUUAAUGCGCAUUUGGAAAGCGCAGGUGAAAAGAACCGAACUUCUGACAAAAAAUAUUUAAUAACUAAAGUUUUGCUUAAUAUAAUAUAUAAACGUCUUUUAAACAUUUAAGAAACUACAGUGCAUCGUUCUUAAAUAGCCAAACAAAAAUUUUGGUGCCUAAGAAAAAUAUUUAAGAAUUUAGCUUUGAAGAAAGUCGGCUAUUUUUGAAAGUGAAGUGUUGUGUAUCUUUUAACCUUGACAUUGAUUGCCCGAAGCCUAUAAUGGCCAAUUGCUUUGUGAUUACGCCUAAAGUGUCGCCGGUUCUAUAUCUCUUCACCGCCAAGUUCUCCAACGUGUCAGCUACCGUAGCCGCCGCUGCGUGCGAAAUUUUACAAUUUAAGUUGAAGUGCCGCCGCCUCCUGGUGUCCGCAGUGUGCCAACAAUAUUCGCGACCCUUCAUCAUACGAUACAGCGACCGUGAACUAGCCGAACACGCCUAAAUUGCAAGCGCAACUUCUGUUCGAGCAGUUCGAACGCCAUAAUCUAAUAUUUAGCAAAAAUAAAAGUAUUAAGCAAAACAUUAAUACAAAACAGUGUGCAAAAAAAAGUUAAAUUUAUAUUGGUACCCGCAUAAUUUCACAACCUAAUCAGCGGUGCGUAAGCCGAUAGUCUCUUCUUCUUAGCGCGCACAGAUAAGUGUAGAAAUAAUCAUGUCGAAACCGGUACCUUUACUUGGUGGAGAAGAGGAUAAUGUGAGCCGACAACCGUCAACUGUAUCGCAACCGACAGCAGAAAUGAAUGACAUGGAUUCACCAUUACAUACAUUUACUACCGACAUACGCGUAGAGCUGGAAGAGUUUCGUGACAAUUGGCAACGUGAGCUGAAGGGUCAGAGUGAAACUGUAACAUCGAACAGAACCGUAGAGCAAAAGCAACAGUUGACCAAUAAUGUCACCGAUGUUGAUCAGCAUAAGCUGGCAGAAAAUCUAUUCCGCAGUGCCGUGGAGCUAGAACAGCGAGGCAAGGUUUAUGAUGCUGUGCCACUAUACCGAAAAGCUGUGCAAAUCGUACCGGACAUUGAAUUCAAAUACUAUGAACUACAGAAGAAAAAGUCGACAGCCGCUUCGAGCGGUAAUAAUGCAGACGGUAUUCGUUUGUUAGAAUCUGUGCAAGCAAAAGAAAAUGCAGAUGAAAUAGCAGAUAAUGAAGAGAUUAUUGAAGAUUUAUAUGAGAAGUUUCAAUUGGACUUGGCGGGUGCGGGUGGACGGUUACUACAGAGCAGCCGUGAUCCGAGUGUAAUUAGUACGGAAACACAUAUUUCUGAAUUACCGCCGGAAAUAUUAUUGUACAUCUUACGUUGGGUUGUAUCGGCGCAGUUGGAUAUGCAUUCGCUGGAGCAAUGCGCUACUGUCUGCAAGGGACUGUAUUUGUGUGCGCGCGAUGAGGAGCUGUGGCGUUUAGCGUGUGCCAAAGUGUGGGGUGUUAAUCUUGGUUCCUUGGGUGAACCAGUUAGCCGGUCAGCUGAACACCUAACAGAGACUACAGACACAACCCCCAUUGUGUACACUUCGUGGCGUCAAAUGUUCAUCAUGCGUGAGCGUGUUAUCUUUAAUGGCUGCUACAUAAGCAAGACAACCUAUUUGCGUAUGGGCGAGAACAGCUUCCAGGAUCAGUACUACCGUCCGGUGCAGCUGGUUGAAUAUUAUCGCUAUGUACGAUUUUUAGGGGAUGGACGUGUGCUCAUGAUGACCAGUGCCGAUGAGCCAGCACAGGGUGUGAAUAAGCUAAAGAAUGUGAAUCAAUUGCGCCCGGAAGUGCUCUGUGGCCAUUAUCGUCUCUACGGUGACUCUAUAACUAUUAUGCUAAAGAAACAACAACAACCGUCACAUAGUAACCACCAUCAAUAUGCGCGUCAUCGUCGCGGUAGCAUGGCUAUAUUCAACGAUGAGCCAAAUUGUACAAAAUAUUGUAUUGAAUUUCGUAUAACAAAUACGACAAAGCGCAAAUAUGCACGUCUACUAUGGGUGCACUAUUCCGUGGUGCAAACGCGUAAUAAAGUGGAGACUUCGUCACAGUUCGAAUUGACGCAGUCAAAGUAUCCACCGCUGUGGUUCUCGCCGGUUCGCAGCUACCACUUGGAUACCGAUGCGCCAAUCGCUUAAAAGCGCAACUUACAAACAAUUGUAUAUCCAGAAUAAUUAAGUAAAUUGAGAUUUUUCUGCGUACAAACAUACACAGUCGUAAUAUAUACUUAUAAUACAAAACAUAAAUUAAUUUUAAUUAAAAUAAGUACUCCUUGAAAUACAUAAAAAACUAAAAAGGGGAAAUAUGCGGUGGCUAAACGGUUGCUAUAUAUGGUCUACUAAGUAUAUAAUACUAUAUUUACUAAUACACACAAACUAUAUUUGUAGAGGCUAGUCUUUAAAGCUUGAAUACUGGAAUUUUCUAAUAUUAAGUAUGGGACUCGUUAAGUCUGGAUUUUAGUUUCCUAUUGGCUGUUGAUACAAAAUAUUCAUAUAAUAAAAUUAUCACAUAACCUAAAAUUGCUGGGUUCGAACAA